AUGGAUGAUGAAAUUGAAAAGGGAACCGGACCCAAGAGGUUUUCGUUCAAGGAAUUGGCCGGCGCAACAAAUAAUUUCAACGAUGAACACAAGUUAGUUAAGAGGGUUUCAAAAGGGUCUAAACAAGGGGUAAAGGAGUAUGUGUCAGAAGUAAAAAUUAUUAGUAGAUUGAGGCAUAGAAAUUUGGUGCAACUUCUGGGUUGGUGCCAUGAGAAGAAGGAACUCCUCCUUGUUUAUGAAUUCAUGCCUAAUGGCAGCUUAGACUCCCAUCUUUUCAAAGAAAACUGCUUAUUGAAAUGGGAGAUGAGGUACAAAAUCGCUAAGGACUUGGCCUCAGGAUUGCUAUAUUUGCAUGAAGAAUGGGAACAGUGCGUUGUCCACCGAGAUAUUAAAUCAAGCAACGUUACGUUGAACUCAAAUUUCAAGGCUAAGAUUGGAGAUUUCGGAUUAGCUAGGCUUGUAGAACACUCGAAAGGGUCACAAACCACAGUUUUGGCAGGAACAAUGGGCUACAUGGCUCCUGAAUGUAUUAUAACAGGCAAGGCUAGCAAAGAAUCAGAUGUAUUCAGUUUCGGAGUUGUUGCUUUGGAAUUAGCUUGUGGGAGGAAACCAAUAAACCCUAUGGCAAAAGAAGGUCAAGUCCAUAUGGCGCAGUGGGUUUGGGAACUGUAUGGAAGCGGAAAACUUCUUGAAGCUGCAGAUCCAAGACUAAGUGAAGAUUUUGAUGAGCAACAGAUGAAAGUGUUGAUGAUAGUUGGGGUGUGGUGUGCUCACCCAGAUGAAAAUCUCAGGCCUUCAAUAAGGCAGGCCAUUCAUGUGCUUAAUUCUGAAGCUCCAUUGCCGGCUCUUCCACCAAAGAUGCCUGUGCCAACGUAUUUAGCACCUUCAGGAAAUAUGCCCAUAUCUGUACUUUCGAUUUCGUAUGGGGCCAUUUAUUCAGAAGGAGGUCAAAACCUUAACCAAUCUUCAGUUCUAAUCACAACACAAAUUCCUCACAGUUGA